AGAAAACUUUCUGCGAAGCCAGUUUUGAGAGGCGGCGGGGUUGCUUGGGAAGGGGCUCUCGGGGGAAGAGGAAGCCGGGCCGGGUGUUUGCUGGGAGGGAGAGGUGGCCUGGCGGUGAUUUUUGCCGAUCGCUUUCGUUCGUUCCUGGGAAAACUCUUUAAAUUAAAUGCAUAUCGCUUGUGUAUCCCGCGUAUCGUCAGAGAACCUGGUUGUGGGCACUUAGCAAACACACUAGCUCAUUGUCGGACGGUGAGGUAUGGAUGGGUAUAAGUCACCUGCUUGCACCAUGCAGGUCAGCUUUGUUUGCCAGCGUUGUAGCCAGCCCCUUAAAUUGGACACAUCUUUCAAAGUUCUUGACAAAGUCACCAUCCAAGAAUUGACAGCUCCUCUGCUUACUACUGCUCCAGCAAAACUGGGUGAUGCACAGGAGGAAGAGACCACUUUGACAGAGGAAGUGUUUGUUGAAAACCGUCAGGAUGGUGUGUCCCGAAGAUUCAUUCCCCCAGCCAGGAUGAUGUCAACAGAAAGUGCCAACAGUUUCACUCUGAUUGGAGAGGCCUCUGAUGGAGGCACCAUGGAAAAUCUCAGCAGAAGACUCAAGGUCACUGGAGAUCUGUUUGACAUCAUGUCUGGCCAAACAGAUGUGGAUCAUCCUCUAUGUGAAGAAUGCACUGAUACACUUCUGGACCAGUUAGACACACAGCUCAAUAUCACAGAGAAUGAAUGCCAGAACUAUAAGAAAUGCCUUGAAAUCCUGGAGCAAAUGACUGAAGAUGACAAGGAGAAAUUGCAGUUGGAACUGAAGGAAUUUGCUCUUGAGGAAGAGAGGCUGAUUGAGGAGUUGGAGGAAGUAGAGCAAAAGCGCAAGGCAAUGGCUGAAGAUUUUGAGAAGGUUAAAACUGAGGCUGAGAGGCUGGAUCAGGAGGAAGCUGAGUAUCAGAAGGAAUACAGUGAAUUCAAGCGGCAGCAACUAGAACUGGAUGAUGAACUGAAAAGUGUUGAUAAUCAAAUGCGUUAUGCCCAAAUGCAGCUGGAUAAGCUAAAGAAAACCAACGUAUUCAAUGCUACUUUCCAUAUCUGGCAUAGCGGGCAGUUUGGCACAAUAAACAACUUUCGUCUAGGCCGCCUCCCAAGCGUCCCUGUGGAAUGGAAUGAGAUCAACGCAGCCUGGGGGCAGACCGUUCUGCUGCUUCAUGCCCUUGCCAACAAGAUGGGCCUGAUCUUUCAAAGGUACCGCCUUAUUCCGUAUGGAAAUCACUCUUAUUUAGAGUCUCUUACAGACAAAUCCAAGGAGUUGCCUCUCUACUGUUCAGGAGGCUUGCGAUUCUUCUGGGACAACAAAUUUGACCAUGCAAUGGUGGCAUUUCUAGACUGUGUACAACAGUUCAAAGAGGAAGUAGAAAAGGGCGAGACACGUUUCUGUUUACCUUACAGAAUGGAUGUGGAAAAGGGCAAGAUUGAAGAUACAGGUGGAAACGGUGGGUCCUAUUCCAUUAAAACCCAGUUUAACUCAGAGGAACAAUGGACAAAAGCGCUCAAGUUCAUGCUGACAAACCUGAAAUGGGGUCUAGCUUGGGUUUCUUCCCAAUUCUAUAAUAAAUGACAAUUAUGAAGGAGAAAGAAUCCAGCAGCCUGACUGAAUGAUGCCGAAAGCAGGACUUGGCCUGUGGCAGCCAUACAUCAUCUUAGAAGAAGAAAAAUCUACAGCUUUGACAUUUCAUUAUAAAGUGGAAUGAAGCAAAAAGCUUCAUAGCAUAGUUUAGAUAACAUGUAGAUAAAGCACACCAUUGCUGUUUGGGAAAAAAUCAUGAUGUAUUUUCUCCUAUAGGGCAAAAAAAGGAGACAAUAUUAGAGGUAGAGACUCUGCUUAGUUAUGAAGCUAUUGCAACUUCAUUAUUGCACUAAGCUAGGAAAUACAAAAUAAAUACACUGAUUUUGUUUUUCAGAACGUAUUUAUUUAUCAGUGCUAGGGAGGGUAGCACUUUAAUGUAUUUUUUCUCAGAUGCAUUUACCUGUCAGUGCUAAGGCUUCUGCUUUGGAAAAGCUUUUACAUGUAACAUUUCUCAUAUCUCUAUAAUCCAUACAUCUAAUGUCUGUCUUAAGCUGCUAUAAUUCCUUGCAAUGUAAUGGUUAUGCAAGACUGCUGUAAAUGGUUCUGAUGCCCUAGUCAUGGACAAGGUACCUUUCUUUUAAAUCUCGCUGCCUCUUAAAGGAUUAAGAUAACAAAACCUGUGAGAUAUCCAUUAAACUAUUGAAAUGUA